UAGGAUUUCUGGAAAGACCCCAUCGAAGGCGUUUUGGUUCACGUGUGUUCCAGAAGAUUCGCCGACAGAAUAUAUCAACCAGAAAGACCAGACACAUAUCUUUGAGAGAAAUAUAAAACGAAUACGAGAACGUAAACCAGGUGCUAGAAAGUGGAUUCUAAUUAUUCUUAAAUUGUUGUUAUUUUACUCCCGAGAAAUCUUCCGGUGAUCGAUUGACAAAAAGAAUGUCUGUUGUUGGCUUCGAUCUGGGAUGUCUCACCUGUUUUGUUGGAGUGGCACGGGCAGGUGGCAUCGAGACCAUCGCGAACGAAUAUAGCGAUCGAUGUACCCCAGCCUAUGUGUCUAUGAAUGAAAAGAAUCGCUGCAUGGGAGUUUCUGCAAAAAAUCAGAACACAACUAACCUAAAAAACACAGUUUCCUGCUUCAAACGCUUAAUAGGACGGAAAUUCAAUGAUCCCUUAGUACAGGAGGAGUUAAAAUGCUACUUCAAACCUUAUGAGGUCACAGAGGGACCAGGAGGAGAGAUUGCAAUACAGGUUAAUUAUAUGGGAGAGAAACAAACCUUCACGCCCACACAAAUGACUGCCAUGCUACUGACCAAGCUCAAAGAAACCUCUGAAACAGCCUUGAAAACUAAAGUUGUUGAUGUCGUUGUGUCGGUUCCAGCAUUUUUCACAGAUAUUGAGCGUCGUGCUAUGUUGGAUGCCUGUCAAGUUGCUGGUCUGAAUUGUCUCAAAGUCAUGAGUGACACAACAGCAGCAUCUCUGGCUUAUGGUAUAUACAAACAGGACCUGCCAGCAGAGACAGAAAAGGCUCGUACUGUUGUGUUUGUAGACAUGGGCUACUGUUCUACACAGUUAGCAGCUGUGGCCUUUAACAAGGGCAAGCUGAAGAUCUUGGGUGUGGAAUGUGACCGUAAACUGGGAGGGCGAGACUUUGACAGUGAACUUGUGCGCUACUUUGUGGAUGACUUCAAGACACGGUUCAAGGUAGAUGCAAUGACACGGCCGAAGGCCCUGGUCCGACUGACCCAAGAGUGUGAGAAACUGAAGAAAUUGAUGAGUGCUAACUCUACCCCUAUCCCAAUCAAUAUAGAGUGCUUCAUGGAUGAUAAAGACGUCAGCGGCAGGAUGGACAGGGAGAAGUUUGAAGAAAUGACAAAACAUUUGAUGGUAAAGGCUGAGACACUAUUCAAAGCCCUAUUACAAAACACAAAGUUGUCACCCAAUGAUAUAUACUCUGUGGAGAUCGUGGGGGGCUGUUCCAGAAUACCAGCUGUUAAGAAUAUGGUACAGCAAGUGUUUGGGAAGGACCCAAGUACAACACUUAAUGCUGAUGAAGCUGUCGCUAGGGGAUGUGCUCUUCAGUGUGCAAUUCUGUCACCAACGUUCCGUGUGCGAGAUUUCUCCCUUGUUGAUGCACAGCCCUAUCCUAUAACACUGAGCUGGGAGGGUAACAUGGAGGAUGAUAAUACACUGGAAGUCUUCCCUAAAUUCCACCAGAUUCCAUUUGCCAAGAUGAUGACAUUUUAUCGUAAGGAACCAUUCCAGUUAGAAUCCUUCUACACACAUGCUAAAGAUGUACCGAUUCCUGAUCCACACAUAGGACGUUUCAAUGUAACAAGUGUCGCACCUCAAAAGGAUGGAUCAAGUUCAAAAGUCAAAGUUAAGGUCAGGAUUAAUAACCAUGGGAUCUUCACCGUGUCAUCAGCCUCGAUGACAGAGAAAUUAGAGGAUGAACCUCAGGGUGAUCAGAAUGGCCUGGAGGCCAUGGACACGGACUCCGAAAAGAAGUCGGAUGAUAAUGGACAAGGAGACCCUCCGUCACAGACCAGCACAGAUGGACAAACCGCAGAGGAGACACCAAUGCAAACAGACCAGGAUCAACAGUCAAAUGAUCAGUCACCAGAAAAGAAGGCAGAAGAGAAAACAGUUGAAAAGGAAGAAAAGAAGAAAAAGAAGAAAACUGUGAAAGUGGUAGAUCUACCAAUUGAGUCCAGAGUACCCCAAAUGUCCAAGGAACAACUACACCUCCUGUUGGAGAGAGAGAACCAGAUGAUUAUGCAAGAUAAGUUGGAAAUGGAAAGAUCUAAUGCAAAGAAUGCUGUUGAGGAGUAUGUAUACGACCUUCGCGACAAAUUAUAUUCACAGCUCGAAGAAUUUGCAAAGGAGGAAGAGCGUUCAGCAUUCAGUAAAUGUCUGAGUGAAACAGAAGAUUGGCUUUACGAUGAGGGAGAAGACCAGUUAAAACAGGUUUACAUCAACAAACUUGCAGAACUCCAGAAAAUGGGAAACCCAAUCCAGGAAAGGUUCAGUGAAUUCCAGGAACGGCCACAGGCAUUUGAGGACUUUGGAAAGGCCAUUAUGAUGGUGCGGAAAUUCCUGGAUCUUUGCGCCCAAAAGGACGAGAAAUACAGUCACAUAGAGAGUAAGGAUGUAGACAAAGUGUCCAAGUGUCUGAAGGAAAAGGAAGACUGGUACAACACAAAACUCAACCAACAGAACGCCCUGAAAACCUUCGAAAAACCCAUUGUACUAGUCUCACAGAUACGACAGGAGAAACAGUUAUUAGAAAGCACGUGCAAUCCAAUCAUGAAUAAAUCCAAACCUAAACCCAAGGAGGAACCACCCAAGGAUGACAAGAAGGAGAAGAAGACUGAUAAGGAAACACCAAGUGAAAAUGCCAAGUCAGAGGAACAAACUACAGCCGAGUCAACAGAGGCCCCAAAAGUGGACAUGGAUGUAGAUUGAUGGAGGAUUGUCUAGUUUUCUUAUUACCAUACAAAAGACUGCUUUAAUGGCAGUGAGAGUGGGAUCACCUUGACUAAUUGUUAUUUGAAGGCGGCAUUGGUCUUCAGGCUUUGCAUGACUUAUAUCAACAUUGGAUUUUCCGCUAAAGCAAAUUUUAUUGGAAGUGCUUGUCCAUGUGAUAACUGUAUAUAUUUAAUUAUUCUUCACCAGGAAAUGGUGUGUCUAGCUGGAGAGAUUAUACAGAAUGCUGAGUAUUCUGCACCAGGAAAUGGUGUGUUUAGCUGGAAAGAUAAUACAAAAUGUUGAGGAUUCUGAACCAGGAAAUGGUGCGUCUUUCCGGAACGAUCUGACGUAGUGUUUAGGAAUUCUCUAAAGAGCACCACUGAUCAAAACAAAUAUUCACAAUUAACAGGCAACAAACUGUGAGAGGAAUAUGACGUUAUCAAAUUGUUGUUGUUUUACAAGAGGAUCUUGUCUGGUGAAUACCUCUACAGUUACAGUUUAGCCAAGUUGUUGUCAAUAGCACUUUGAAUUCCACAAUGCUUAUCAGCUAGCAUUCAAUGUUUAGGGGAUUCUGUACUUGCAACAUGAAAGAAUAAAAAGUCUCCUUAUAUAUAAUUAUCAUGAAACCAGAUAGGUCUUGCUGUCAGAUGUAAACCAUUCCAAUGAGCAGCUAACAAGAAUCAAGAUCACAGAGCGAUGUUGAGAGAGAUAUUUAAAUGUAACUUGUAUUUUGUAAAUUAAUGUUGUCCCAGUAUUGCUGAAGUCAUUUGGGGGUCAGAAGUAAACAUUUAUUAUUCGUUAUAACAAAAUGAAUCUUUAGAAAAUAUGAAAGUUCACUAUAUACAUGUAUAUCAUUGUCAGCACUGAUUUCAUGGUACAAGAUUUCACCGAAAUACGUCCAAAUACCAUAUUCAACCCAAGUGUCGCGGGUACUCAACAAAUUUUGGAAAAUAAGAAUUUCCAUGUAUGUUCUCCUAUCAUUGAUGUCGGGCUAUAGCUAGUUGUAAGGACACUUGGACUAGAUCCAAGUGGUAGAGGCUUUUAAGGUUGGAUAUGGUACCUGUGUUUCUAGUCGACUUACAAGGGAAGUUAUUCCACACUCGUCUUAAGCAAAUAUAUGUACUGCCAAUAUUACUGGGAAUCACUCGACCUAUCAUGGUCACUUUUAUUUGACUUCUUGGGUCAGCAAAUUAGAAAAAAAAAGCGAUGAGUUUUGACUUCGUUAGAUUUUCAUUUUGUAAAAUUUAGGCAACAUUUUAUACAAUUUCUGCCUUUAUUUAUCAUUUCAAGCGAAUUAUAAGAUCGAGGCUAAAUCAUGUUUGUAGUACCUAGUAAUCCAUGUAAUGCAUGGUUUCUUAUUUCAGUGGAUUGUUUUACUCCGCUGAUUAUUUAGAUGUUUGUUAAAUAUAAGCUUGUUUAAGAGGCUUGUAUAUCUGGUACAAGCAUGUGUAUGGAUGAAACAGUAUUUCUGAACCUGUGGUAACACGGACAUCAGAUUGACAUGUAUAAGAAUUGGAUCAUCUGCACUAUUUAUUUCUGUUUGUACAUUUCAUGAGGUUGACCUGAUUCACGCUGAUCAAUUGUGAUGAAUGUGUCUGAAAAAUAAAAGAUGAAAAAUUUUAUGUUAAA